AUGCUGCGGGGUGGCCGGAGCCCACUGCCCCCGGCGACGGGGCCCCCCGGCGAGGCGCGGGGCUCGGCGGGCGCCCCCGGCGCAGCGCAGGUGGUGGCGGGCAGCCUGCUGGCGCUGCUCAUCCUCUGGACUCUCUUCGGGAACGUGCUCGUGUGUGCGGCCAUCGUCCGCUACCGGCACCUGCGGAGCAAGGUUACCAACAUCUUCAUCGUGUCCCUGGCUGUCUCGGACCUGCUGGUGGCCCUGCUGGUCAUGCCCUGGAAGGCGGUGGCAGAGGUAGCUGGGUACUGGCCCUUUGGGGCUUUCUGCAACGUCUGGGUGGCCUUUGAUAUCAUGUGCUCCACGGCCUCCAUUCUCAACCUGUGUGUGAUCAGUGUGGACAGGUACUGGGCUAUCUCCAGCCCUUUCCGCUACGAGAGGAAGAUGACCCAGCGGUUGGCUCUGGUGAUGAUCAGCGUGGCAUGGGCGCUGUCUGUGCUCAUCUCCUUCAUCCCUGUCCAGCUCAACUGGCACAAAGGUGGGGAUGUUGUUGCUGAUGCUGAUAUUGGAGAUGGAUUUGGCACUGCCUGGGCAGCAGCAGGUGCUGUCACCACCUGGGCAGAAGAUAUGAGUACCACAUGGGUGGCAUUAGCGGCAGUGAGACCCUCUGAUGGGACCUCUGGCAGCAAUGAUACCCUCACUGGACCAUCGGAGAGCUGUGACUCCAGCCUCAACAGGACUUAUGCUAUUUCCUCCUCCUUGAUCAGUUUUUAUAUCCCGGUGGCUAUCAUGAUAGUUACCUACACCCGAAUCUACCGCAUUGCCCAGGUGCAGAUUCGUCGUAUCUCUUCCUUGGAGAGGGCAGCCGAGCAUGCACAGAGCUGCCGGAGCAGCCACAUUGACUGCCACCAUCACACAAGCCUCAAGUCCUCCAUCAGGAAAGAAACCAAGGUGUUAAAGACGCUCUCUGUCAUCAUGGGUGUCUUUGUGUGUUGCUGGUUGCCGUUCUUCAUCCUGAACUGCAUGGUUCCCUUCUGCGAGAGCCCACCCAGUGACCCCCACGCUGGCCUGCCCUGCGUCAGUGAGACCACCUUUAAUAUCUUUGUCUGGUUUGGUUGGGCUAACUCUUCUCUUAACCCCAUCAUCUAUGCCUUCAAUGCUGACUUUAGAAAGGUUUUCUCCAACCUCCUGGGAUGUGGUCAUUUUUGCUCUGGUACUGCAGUGGAGACUGUUAAUAUAAGCAAUGAGCUUAUCUCUUACAACCAGGACACCCUUUACCAUAAGGAGAUAGUGACUGCUUAUGUUAACAUGAUCCCAAAUGUGGUUGACUGUGAGGAAAAUCGCGAGGACCCUUUUGACAGGAUGUCCCAGAUCUCCCCUGACCAUGAGGUUGCCACUGACUCUGCCUGUGAGCUGGACUGUGAGGGGGAGAUUUCGCUAGGCAAGAUAACACCUUUCACUCCAAAUGGUUUACAUUAAAUUGUGUCCCAGUCUGGUCAGUUCUUCUUGGAAUAUAAAAGAAAAUAUU